ACAACAUCCGGUAGAAAAUGGCGUGACAACUGCAGACUUCAGUCAACUAAGUUGUUCUUCAAAUUUGAAUGUGCUGUUUGUGGGAUUCAUAAACAUGGAUAACUCACCAUACUACACACCCAGCGUUCAGCUGCACCAGGCGACGAAUCCGCCUAACAUGGAUAGCAAUUUCGGCGGACCUUUUUACCAAGGUCCAUCUCCUGGAUUUCCACCAGCCCCUUAUCAGCCGCCCCGGGCUGCUGUACCAGGUAGCGUUGAUAACUCCUCCGGUCCUAAUUUUUGGGCAGGACCAAAUAUGUACCAACCUUCUCAACCACCAAAUGCACCCCCGUGGCACCCUUUCCCACCACUACCCCCGGGACAAGGCAGUGCGGGAUACGGAUACCCACCGCCUCAGUAUCAGCCGCCCCCGGUAUUUGAGGGACAGCUGUGUCCACCGAACCCUCCACCCUUUGAGUUUGAUCCAUCCAGACCACCGCCGGGAUUUUGUGAACCAGAAUCAAACCAAAUAUCGGCGUUCAUCGAGGCACAGCGCAAUGCUUGUAAUGCACCACAACAGCCUGAGUUUGAGUCCCACAAUGAUGGGGUCGCGAACCACUGGGCUCAUGGACCUACCGCAGGUCUUCAGAGAAACAGAGACAGUAACAGAUCCUUGGAUACCCGUAUACAUUUCACCAGCACCGAGUUUCAGACUGUUGGGCAAACAAAUAGAGACAACGAAAUGUGUCAGAGAGGUUUCAACGAUGCUUUCAAUGAACCUCGACACCAGCAACGUUAUCAGCCACUGGAACAACACUCACCGCUCGACGAAGAGACCAAGCAGAGAAAACAAGAUGAACAGUGGUUACAGAAUUUCGUGCUGAAGAGAAAGAAUAAGACCCUUCCGCAGAGAAGCAGAAUUCAAACGGCGAGCGUGAGUCAGAUGAGAGAAGAUCUAUAUGGUGCUGUCAAACUCGUGUCAGAAUUGUCUCUCCUCUGUCAGACCUUAAAACUUAAUUUGGAGAAUGACGACGUCUGGACAGAGUCGUACAGCAAAGCUGUAGGAUUAAAGAAAAACAUUCAAGAGAAGUUAAGUUUCCUGAGUGACGCAGAGACCGUGUCAAGUAUCAAAAAGAAGCUGGCGACUAUACGUAAGAAAAGAAUAAGGACUCGAAGGAAGAAAAUUGAACAAAUUGAGGAAGAACAAAAGCGAGAGGAGAGACUGGCCGAACGCCAUGCGGUCAUCGAUAAAUGGAGGAUGAAGCGCAUUCUGAAAGUGGAGGAGAAGAAGCGGGAGGAAGAACUGAAGAAGGCGGCCGACUCUGUACUCUCUGAGGUGAGGAAGAAGCAGAGUGACUCCAAAAAGAUGCUGGAUAUCCUCAAGGCUCUGGAGAAACUUCGAAAACUCCGCAAGGAAGCAGCUUCCAGGAAAGGCGUGUACCCUGAGAAGGAGAGUGACGAGGUGUUCGAGGGUCACCUGCAGCGUCUGCGUGCACUGAUUGCCAAGCGCACGGCCGUCUACAACGCUGAGGAGAAGGCCCUGCGCGUCAUGCUGGAGGGGGAACAGGAGGAGGAGAGGAAGCGAGACCUGGAGAAACAACAGAAGAAAGAGCGUGACAAGUUCCUACAGAAGAAGCAGGAAGCGGAGGGCAUGCUCUUUGGAGAUGACGUUCCUCCUGAUCAUCCCCUUCACGCCUUCCAGGAUUUUUAUCUGCAGGCGGAGAUUUCUUUACCUGCCCUGGUGCAGAUACGGAGGGAGUGGGACAGGUUCCUGGUCCCAGAGGAGCACCCAGACGGAAGUGCCGUUCCCCAGGCAUGGGUCCUACCUGAGCCCCCGGCUGAUGAGGCCUGGGCCAGUGCUCUGGUGAAGCACAUCUCUCUCUGACUGAUCCACUCUCUGUGAUGCCCUCUCUGGGAUCACAUCACCAGUGAGGGAUCUCUACUGUCUCUCUCACCCUCCACUGAAAAGUGAAGCACAUCUCUGACUGACUGAAGUGAUGCCCUCUCUCUGGUACAUCACCAGUGAGGAGUCUCUACUGUCUCUCACCCUCCACUGCAGAGCCUGCAUCCUGGCAAAGUACAUCUCUCUCUGGCCUCUACUCUCACCCUCCACUGCAGAGCUGGGCUUGUUUUUCUCCAGCAGUGAGAGGUCUGUGAGUCAGUCUGAAGUGAAGUGAUUUCAAGGGAACCAGUAUGACUGAGAUUAGAGACUGGUGAGCUCUGGGUCGUGAAACACACACACACACACACACACUUGUGUAAGCAUAGAGAUAUGAGUGGGUGGGUUUGUUUACCAGUUUGGCACUAUUGUCAGAUAGAUUCUGAGUAUUUGGAGAAACCAAAUCCUGAAAAGGUAAACAAAAGACUUACCAUUGCUUAAGAUGAAUUAUACUUACUAGUUUAUCUGUCUGUGUUGCGCCCACCUGUCACAUUGGAGAGGUUGCUACUUGGCACGUGCAAACUAAUCCAGUUUGACCAUUCACCACGGUGUCUGUCCUGAGGGGAUCCUUCCUCAGAUCCACCGAAAGACCCACAAGCAACACACACGCACACACACACACACACACACACACACACACACACACACCUUGUACAAUAUAUUCUCCCGGUCAUAGACAGACACACAAGCAAACACUGUUAUUUGCCUGUAUUUAUUUUUGAUAUCUGAGAAUAUGUGCUCUUGUUUUGUAUAAAUUGUAAUUUUAAUAAAACACGAGUGGAGAUGUUUUUGUUUGGGAA